AUGCAGAAGAGGGCGCGGGCCGUAGAAACGCAGAAGUUGCGCCGCACCUUUAAACGGACAACACGGCUGGCUGAGCAGGAGGGGGCAUGGGGAGUUUUCACCUAUCCUCGACUCGCAAUGCUCUGGAUCGGUUUGAUGGUCUUUGACGCUUUGCUGGGCCUGCGCGCGGAAUUGAUCUGGCCCUUCUGGAUCUUUGCCCGUGCCAUCAUGGAUGCCGUGCAUCGCAGCGGAACAUCAGUGGCUAUCUACCGGGAUGGCCAAACGCAAAUGUCUAUAAUCUUCAUUUGCGUGACCGCCACCUCAGAUUUAAUUUGUUGGUUAUUUAUACCGGUAAGAUAUCUCAUAUUCAUUGGGAGCACGUACGUCUGGCUGCAUCUGACGUGGCAUACGCAUAACGCAUCAACGCGCUCCAAUUCUCCAUUUUUAAAUGGUCCUCUGUCCGACUGUGCCCGGAUGCAGGGUUUAUUACCACUAUUCUCAAAAGUCCUCAACGAAUUCUUCGGCGCUCACUGUAUUGGCUACCCAUUGGUGAUCGUCUCGUUUAGCUUGCGAUUUUAUUUUAAUGAGUGGAAGUUGCGGCGGAAACAGGACGACGUGUCGAAGAAGAACGAAAUACUGUACAAGUGCCUCGUGGAAGCAUUACCAGCCGUCUACGAUGGGCCGAAGCAGUAUCGACUCGACAACGACAUCGAUUACGACUUGGGACCUCCAGAGGUUCCAAUGCUAUUGCCAGCAAGUAGCAGUCAUUCCAACGGGAAUGUGGGUGGAGUUCAUGCGGGAUCAGCCGCGGCGAACAACCGGAAGCAUUCCAUUCGAGCCCCGGUGUCCACUACGGGAGGGUCGAGUAGAAACAGGAGACGGAACAAUAAGGACAACGUUCAAAGAACGCCGCCCGACCCCGUCAACGCUAAGCCUGAAAGCAAUCCUCAAUCAAACGCCGUCAAUUCGACAGCACCGGUUGAAAACUGGGAAGAAACCGAGCAACGACGAGGCGGCAUAUUGCAGCUCCUUUUCAAUGGGUUCGCCUGGUUGACAUCAAAGCUUUCUGCUCCCGACGUCGAGGGCGAGGACGCAAGUUCUUACAACGACGAAGAGGAAGACGACGAUGACAGCUCUAUUGGCGAAAACGAGUCGAAGAAGAAUGGAAGCACGAAUGGACGCGGGCCGCCGAUCGAGCCCGUCAAACCUCGCGCUCAUUCUUCUACGCAGUCGAAGCGGCAGCGAGGGCGGGGGGCGCAGCAGACGAAGAUGGAAGAGAAAAAGACGACGACGCCUUUGGUGGCCACGGUCUUGCCGACGUCAUCCUCGAUCCAGAAUGGCCACGCGAAGCGCGAGGACAGCGUGGAUAAGCGUCGGCCGGACAGUCGGCCUCCGAGGGACCUGGAGAAUCCGAAGGCGGAAAACCAUCAAUCGAUGCAUGGAUGUGAUCUUGAACUGUCUCGCGUAAGAACCGAGAUGUCUGCCGUCAAAGCCACGGAAGCUGAUCUGCGUCUGCAGCUGAGCGUCGCCGAGAACGAGAACCGCAUGUCGAAAGCCGACGCUGCGCAACUUCGUUCGCGGCUUGAGCAGCUGCAAACCAGAUUUGGUUCAUUGGAAAAGACACGGGAACAAGAUCGCGCCGCUGCUUCGCAGUUGGAGAAGAAAUACGCUGACCUGCUGUAUCGUAAGAACGAGGUGGAGAAGGAGUUGCAAGCCGAACGCCGCAUGCGUCAGGAAGACAACAACAAGAACAAGAAGAGCAGCGAUCUCUCACAUGAACAGCGUGAGAAGGAGGUUCGCCUUGAGGCCGAAACUGAUCGCCUGCGGACGGAAUGCACGGCCAAGGAUGACGCUUUGCUCCUGAUGCAGCGCGAACUGCAGCAGCUGAAGGAGUACAAGGAAAAGACCGAUGUUGAGGGCUUGCAAAUGGAGAUGCGCAUCUUGAAGGAUAAGAACAGCCACCUGGAGGAUGCGUUGGCGGCUGAGAACAAGCUGAAGCUUGAGCUUUUCCGGGCGCUCGGAGAAGCCAAGUCGAAGAACAGCGAGAUGACCAAGAAGCUCGGAGAACUGCAGGGCUCGAGCACGCCAGUUGCCAACCCGUCGCCGCCCCUGCACGAGAAUUCGUCGCCGAAUUCGCCUUCUGUCAACAACCAUGCCAGCCAUCCUUGCCCUCCACCGUCUUACGAUCACAUCAUGGCGUCGAACUAUAUGCCCUACUCGUUCAGCGCCUCACCGGCUCCAUCUCCGACCGGUGAGCACCAUCUGUUCGAUACUGGACUCGGCCUCCAACGCCCUCCUUCGCACCCGUCUUCCGAAUACUCGAUGACCAACCACUUCGACAAGUACGCGCAGCUGCUCGCUCCGGGCAAGACGACCAAC